UUCAUUGUUUGUAAAUUUUUGUUUACCGGUAGCUGUAAAUAAAGGUUUUAAUGGAAAUGCGCAUAGUAAAUGUAAAUACAGAUCUAAUUCAAUGAAUCGUUGUAAUUGAUUUGAACACUGAUUUCACGAUAAACAAGAAAAUGCUGAAGUUUGGUGCCAGGUUCCUGUUAAUUUGUUUCGCCAUACAAAACACCUAUUCAGAGUCUUGCUCCAAGUCUGAUGAUAAAUGCACAGCAGAUACUGAAAACAGAUAUAGUAAAGAGGUUAACAACUGGUCCGCAGAAAUAAACAAAAAGAUAAGCCUUGCUUUGGAUCAAUACAUUCCUUGUAAAAGAGCCAACUGUAGCUGCCAUGCAGAUGUUAUACACAAAGACUUGUUACCUUUUAAGGAUGGAAUUACCAAGGAACAGUUUGCACAGGCUCAAGCUAAAGCAACAAAAUAUCAGGUAAUAGACGGCACCCUAUACAGAGAAGUUGAUUGCCACUUCCCAGCGCGGUGUGCGGGCGUAGAGCACUACCUUGCCGAGCUGGCGCCACAGCUGCCUGACCUGGAGCUGGCCAUCAACACCAGGGACUGGCCACAGCUGAACAGUGCUUGGGGACAUCCUAAGGCACCUGUCUUCUCUUUUAGUAAGACUAAAGAUUACUAUGACAUAAUGUAUCCAGCAUGGAGUUUCUGGGAAGGUGGCCCAGCCAUCUCACUGUACCCUACUGGUAUUGGACGAUGGGAUAAACACAGGAAGUCAAUAUCUAAAGCUGCUGAUAAAUGGCCAUGGGCAGAAAAGGAAGACAUAGCAUUUUUCAGAGGUUCCAGAACCAGUGGAGAAAGAGAUGCACUUGUGUUGUUGUCUCGCUCUAAUCCUGAUCUUGUUGAUGCCCAGUACACGAAGAACCAAGCAUGGAAAUCUGAUAAGGACACGCUGCACGCGGCGCCCGCGGCCGAGGUCUCCUUCGAGGACCACUGCCGCUACAAGUACCUGUUCAACUACCGCGGGGUGGCCGCCAGCUUCCGCCUCAAGCACCUGUUCCUCUGCCGCUCCCUCGUGUUCCACGUCGGCGAUGACUGGCUCGAGUUCUACUACCCCUCACUCAAGCCUUGGGUGCACUACGUCCCGGUAUCACCCGACGCCUCACAACAACAGAUUAAGAGACUAGUACAAUUCUUCAAAGAUAACGAUGAGUUGGGAAAAGAAAUAGCAGAAAGGGGCUUCCAGCAUAUCUGGAAUAAUUUGACAGAUAAAGACGUGAAGUGCUAUUGGAGGAGGCUGUUGAAGAAGUAUUCUAAGCUGUUGAAGUAUAAAGUGGUCAAAGAUGACAAGUUGAGGAAAGUAAAGAUCUGAUUAUACUGUAAGGUAAGUAGGAAUUUUAUAAAUCAUCAAACAUGUCAAUGUAUGAUAUUAGAUAAAUAAGCAUAAUAAAUACAUCUAUUGAUUUAAAUGAAAGUCUUAUUCUAAUUUACGCAUUUUUUAAUAGGUACUAAAGUAUAGUUCACAUUUAGAGGAUAGUAUAGAAGAGUACCUACAUAGUCGUAGGUAAAUAUAAUAGACCACAGUAAUAGACAGACAAGAUAGAUUUUAAAAACAAUUGGAUGACUACCUUUUAGAAUCACAGUUAAGACAUAACAGCAUGAAAGUUCCACAGAAACAAACACAAAUUUAAAAGACAACACAUUAUUAAGUA